AUAUUUAUGGUGUCUAUUCGGUGGUCGUAUCGGAGCGGCACCUUUUCGGUGGCAAUGACCUCGACCGAUGAACGAGAUAACGAACAUUACAGGACUCGUUUACGAUAACGAUGUUUUCUGCUUGUUUUCUGGUCUUAUCACGUCGUCCGCUCUUAUCCAAUACAAGUGUUUCCAAACAUUAUUAUCAUUAUUAUUUUUGUUAUUAUUAUUAUUAUUAUUAUUGUUUUUGUUCUUGUUGACUGUGGCCCUUUAGUUGCUCGUCUUUGUAGUUUCGGCGCUGCGUUAUCGCUUUCCGAUGGAUUUCCGUCGGUUACAUAACGCCGAUACACGUGUAACGAUGUACCCAUGAAAUAUCAUUCGGCGUGAUUAUGACGACCGGGAAUAGAAUAGUCUCGAUGACCGAUGAAGUUAAUGGUCGCUGUAGAUGUAAAUAAUAUUUUUGCUGCAAAUUGUCCACUGUUAUCGGACGUCAAACUUAGCUAACAAUAUGUCGAGAGAACUUUUGAUUGUAUUUAUUUAUGACCCUCGAUUCUGUACUACUGAAUCUGAUGAUCCACAAAAUUCUAUAUUGUACUUUCAUCCACCAUGGGUAAGCUCAUCACAGAAGCUUGCUUUGAGCGGCCAACUCAUGGGAAUAGUCAAGUUUUCUUCUUCAGCUUUCACAGCACCAACAGUUUUAGCUUUAAAAUCUGGAAAAUUUGCUUUUCGACAAUUUGGUUCUUCAACAUUGUGUGUUGGAACAGAUCGAAAUAUUCCUGAUAGUAUUCUUCAACAUCGCGCCAAUACUUUGCACAAUAUUUUAGUUACAUUUCAUUAUAAUAUAACUGAAAUCUCAGAUCAAAAAAUCCUGACUGAAAAGUUAAACAUCACUAUUUCAUCAUACCUUUCACUUCUACAAGUUUCUUCAAAUAUUUUUGGUACAACUACAGUACUUAAAUUUCCUAAGAGUGGAGGAAGUAUUCUUUUAGAAUCAAUGCAAAUACUGGAAAGCAUGCAAGAAAAAAACAAGGUCUUAGGAGGAAUGCUACUUCAUAAAAAUAAAAUUGUUGUGACUCAAUUUGGAUUUGAAUUAACUAAAUUAAUACAACUGACUAAUCCUUUUUGUAACAAGAUACCUGCUGAAAGUGUAAAAGGAAACUUUCAUUUACCAUUAGGUACUCAACUUUUGUAUAUUUUUGUGGAUAGAGAACAAGUAUUACAGAUAAGAAAAACAGCCUCUUCAUUGAAGCAAUCUGUGAAAAAAGCGUCCAGAUUUCGACAAAAAAAUAAGAUGUCUGAUAAGUUAGUGUGUUGCACAAAAAAUGAUAAAAAUUCAGAUACCAAGAAUAUAUUCACAGUUGAGGAAGAAGAUACUCCUGAUAGUAAUAGUGAAUCAAUAUGUAGUAUGCCAGAUAUUGUAAAGGAAUUUAUUAUUAAAACGGAAAAAAAAUCAGAUAAAUUGAAUGCUGGAAAUUGUUCUUCUUUAAAAACAUCUCUUAAUGAAAUGCCAAAUUUUACUAAACUUGUUACUUUAAGAAAAGAUAUUACCCGGUAUCAAAGUUUGAGAUCAUUACCCAAAACAAAUGAAGAAGAAAUCAAAAAAAAAGAAAAAUAUAGAACGUUAUGUGACCCAUCUUUUCCAUUAUUGCGUGACGACGAUUAUGCAGUUUCCAAAGCACUGUAUGAUAAACAGCUAUCUCAACAUUAUACUGAACUUGAUCUCAAAGUACAAAUGGAAAAAGAAAAAUUAGUGAAAUCAAAAAAACCAGUUCGACCUACUUCUAUACCUCUAAAUUUACAAACACUUGAUAGGAAACCUGUGCUCAAAGAAGACAUAAUGACACCAUUGAUGGCUAAACUUAGCAUGACUGAACCCUAUCCUUUUGCCACAUCGACUGAGAAUAUGUGUAGAACUCCUUCCACAAACUUCCAACCCCAAACCAAUGCUGCUAGUCAUCAAAAGUUGCUGUUAUUUGUUGCUGGGUUUCAAAAUACAUCAUUAAUGGUAUUAUUAGAAAAAGAAGCAGAAAAUGAUGCUGAUCUUAUUCAUCUAUUAUGGAAUUUAUGUAUAAACAAUCUUGGAGAUUUGGAACAUUCAAUAAACAAUACAAUCACUAAUGUCCCAGACACAUACAGUUUGCAAGGUGCUGAUGAAACCUAUGGUUACAUGGUAAUGGACACAGCUGAUGCUGGUAUGAUUGACAAACAUGGGAAUUGGUUGGGUUCACAAACAAUCUUAGCUACAUCUAUACAUGAUACGUUUCAAAAAAAUCCUUCAAUUCUUGAUAUAAUUGUCAGGAACGAUGACAAUAUUGUAUAUGGAAAUAAAUGUGGAAGCCGAGAAUUGUUUUAUGAACAAAGUGGUAAUAUUGUAAGUGGCCUACCUACACCAUCAGAUAUUAUGGGUGUCGUUUCUACCACUGCAAAAAGAAGACUUCAAAGAGAUCAUGGUAUUAUUAUUCUUUAAAAUGUAACCAUUAUAUUAGUUGUAGAUUUUUUUUAUAUGAAUGUAAUUAGAACUCAUUAUUAAUAGAACUAUUAAUACAGUAUUAUGGUAAAAAUUUAAUGUAAUCGAAGUGUUUCUUAUCUAUGUUUAUUUAUUAGAUUAACACUUGAAUUUUCUUAAAAACUGUUUUUUUAAUGUUUUUUUAAUAAAAAAAAAAAAUUAUAAUUAUUUAUAAUACAUGCGCACAUACAUUAUGACGUUAACAUGUCAUGAAUGUAAUCAGAAAGGAUUAUAUUUUGAAUAAUAAUAAACUGGCUGUCACUGUCAUUACUUAUUA